UGGAUCUAUUUCUGGGUUGUCUGUUCUGUUCCAUUGAUCUGUUUGUCUGUUCUUUUACCAGUACCACAGUGUUGAUUGCUAUAGCUUUAUAGUAAGUUUUGAAGUCAGGUGAUGUCAUUCUUCCAAUUUUGUUCUUCUUCAAUAUUGAGUUGGCUGUUCUUAGUCUUUUACCUGAGUUAGACAGUAUCCAUAAAAUAACUUUUUGGAGUUUUUAUUGGGAUUGCACAGAAUCUAUAGAUCCAAUCUAUUGUCCUAUAGAUUAAAUUGGAAAGUACUUCUUGACAAUAUUGAGUCUUCCUAUCCAUGGACAUGGGAUAUCUCUCAAUUUAUUUAAUUCUUUGAUUUCAUUCUUCAUUUUUGUAGUUUUACUCAUUUAGAUUUUGUGCAUAUUUUGUUAGAUUUAUAGGUAAGCAUUUCAUUUUGGGGGAUUUGCUAAUAUAAAUGGAAAUGUUUUAAUUCAAAUUCCACUUGUUCAUCACUUGUAUCUGCUUAACUUUUUAAGUGAUUAAUGGAUGCCUGGGAAUUGAUGUUCAUAUAUAUUCAGAAAUGUUUUGCCACCUGAGACCUGUGAGAAGGUUAUGUCUAGAGAAGAUAUUUCCACACUGGUUUCUUUCCUCAAGAACUUUAUCAGGAGCUGAAGCCGUCAAUGCCUUGAGGCCAUUCUACUUUGCAGUACAUCCAGAUUUCUUUGGACAGCACCCCAGAGAAAGGGAAGUCAAUGAAAAUUCUCUUAAGAGAUUAAGUGUCUACUUAGAAAACCUGCAGAAACCAGGCUUCAGGUCUUUGAAACCAACUCAGCUUACAUUUUAUGUAAGAGAAACAGAGCAGAAUUCCUCUGAAGGCCAGGAACCCUUUAGCACUUCCGGAUUUCGAGCAGUCAAAUUUACUUUGCACACCAGAGAUCUGCUAAGCACAGUAUUAUAUAUUCUCAACUCCUGCAGUUUAUCUGUUGAACAUAUCCAAAGCUUGAAUACUAAUGUGCAUUCCCAGCCUCUCAAGGAGGCUAAAAGGAUGUCUGACAGGCCCAUCAAGUGGGACAAAUCUUAUUACUACUUUACUGGAUUUAAGGACCCUCAUGAAGACCUCGAACAAGUCUCAAGAAUGGAAACAACCCUAACAUCCUGGUUAGAUAACAAUGGGAAAAGCGCAGUUAAAAAACUGAAGAACAGUUUGCCCCUUAGAAAAGAGCUAGACCGUUUAAAGGAUGAUCUGUCUCAUCAGCUGCAGCUCUCAGACAUCAGGUGGCAGAGGAGCUGGGGCAUCGCCCAUCGCUGUAGCCAGCUGCAUAGUUUAGGCCGCUUAGCACAGCAGAACUUGGAAACACUGAAAAAUGCAAAAGGAUGUACAAUAAUAUUUACAGACCGAUCCGGGAUGAGUGCAGUGGGCCAUGUGAUGCUAGGAACAAUGGAUGUCCAUCAUCACUGGACAAAACUUUUUGAAAGGUUACCAAGUUAUUUUGACCUUCGGAGGAGGCUGAUGCUUUUAGAAGACCAAAUAAGCUACCUUCUCGGAGGCAUACAAGUGGUUUAUAUCGAGGAAUUACAACCAGUAUUGACGCUUGAAGAAUAUUACUCUCUUCUUGAUGUGUUCUAUCAUAGACUGUUGAAAAACAGAAUACCCUUUCACCCUCGAAGUCUGCGUGGUUUACAGAUGAUCCUUAACAGUGACAGAUACGCUCCAAGCUUGCAUGAACUCGGGCACUUUAACAUCCCAAGCCUCUGUGACCCAGCAAACCUCCAGUGGUUUAUUCUUACCAAAGCCCAGCAGGCGAGAGACAACAUGAAAAGAAAAGAAGAGACUUGUAGCCGACAGUUUCCUGAUUUGUGGGCAUUGGAUACUGCUUGAUAAUGUUUUAUGUAUCUCCUAUGAAGAAAGGAGGAUAUUACAUUCAAAAGAGGUUUUUCUAAGGACAUUGGCAAAGGAGGUUUGGAUACUGAGAAUUUACUCACUCGUUCAUUCAUUUAGCAGUCUUUUGCCAUGACUGUUGUGUGCCCGAGACUGACAGGUUCCACCAAGAGAAUGAUGGGCCCAGGUCCUUGCCCUCCUGGACUGUGUUUCUGGUAGGAGGUGCAGGUUCUGCAUGCAUCUGCGGUAGCUGGACAAGAGAGGGGCCGAGUGAGAAGCACCAAGGCUAGCGCUCCCAGAAGGCCAUAGGGGCACUGAAGGGAACACAGUGGCCCAGAGAACGUGGCUGCACAAGUCCAGGGAGGAGGGUAAGAAGGACAGAGACCAGAACCUGGAAGGUAGGGGAUCUGAGGUAACUGUUCAGCAGUGUGCAUGGGAGCCCCUGGUUCCGCAUCACCACCAGCCGCUCAUCUGAAAGAAAGGGUGGUGGUGGAGGAGAGCCAUAGAAGACAAAAGAUAACAGGAUUGUUUUGUGCAUAAAAUAAGUGAAGGAGCUACAUCUCUUUGUUUUGUUUGUGGACUUGGUGACAGCUCUGUUGGCCAGCUCCAAUGGCACGGAUGUCCCAUUUCUUGACUGGUUAGUAAGCCUUCAUGUUGUCAUGUGAUUUCUCACCAUUAUAAGUCAGCUUUAACCCUUGGAAGCAGCUCUGGCCCACCUGUCACUGUGAGGGCUGAUGGUUUCGGUGGCUAUACUAUAGUUGCUGCUUCUGGUUUUUCCGUGGCCAUGGAAAAUGGAAAAUGGAAAAUUUUCCAUUUUGUAGGUUUGGUGUACUGCUUCUAGAUUAUGAGGAAGUAAAAUAAAAAGAAAUGCAGUUCACAUAGGUUAUUUUUUGAAAGUUCCAUCCUACCUGUGAGGUCAACACGGUGACUCAUCAGAGCAGCCAGAGUGAGUCGCCCUGUGAGAAGUCGGGUUGGGGCCUGUCACUCCACUGAACUGGCCUGCAGGCUAGGGUCCCCUAGACACCCUGGAAGGGAAAGGCUGUUCCCCACCAUCUCCUUAUUGGAGGGGCCAGCCCCAGAGAGAGCCCCAGUGAAGGCUGCCCCAGAGAGAGCCCCAGUGAAGGCUGCCCUCUCUGGGCUCGAUUCUCCUCCGAGAUUACACCCCAGAAGGACUAAUGGGACCUCGUGGUUGUAAAGGUUGUGGCCUAGGGGUUGGGGCAACCUAGGAAUGAGGCCAGAGGCUUCUCUGAGAAGGAAAGGGAAUGCAUGUCCUGCCCAGAGAUGUGUAUAAAGAUGUGUCACUGGAUAACUACACAGUAACUUAACCACAUGCCAGGCUUUCUAUUUCUAAGUCAGAUUGUU